AAUCGUUUUGAUUUACAUCUACACCCGUUUUUAAAACUGUCCGGUCAAACCAGAGAGGUUCAACCCAACUGUGUUCUCACUGUGUUGCGCCACCUGGUGUUUCACAGAAGUCAUUGCCUUUACAUUCCGUUAGAAAACAGCCGCUGUGGAAGUUUGCUGCCUCCAACAAGCAGACUCACUGCUCCCCCUGCUGGUUGACGACCAGCGCUGCAACUUCAACGGACUCAAAAUUGCCUAUAAAAUUUUAGAGACGAUUAAAAUUUAUGUGCAAUAAACUGGGUGUAAUAGUGGAACGCCCUGCAAAAAGAGAGAUGCGUUAACUUGUUUUUACUGUCAGUAGGAACUGGCUCAGCCACAACCUCUGUAUGAUUAAACGUACUUAAUGCUGAAUGUACAGCUGAUUUGGAAGAUAAUGAAGCUUCAAGUGAACAUUCUUGUAAUUUAACUGUUUUCAGAUGUACAGCUGUAGAGGCAGAACGAUCAACAUCUACUGAUUAACAUGAAGCAGCUUGGCAUCCACAUCCAGCAGGGGGCGCUGGUACUUUUCUCCAGGGGUCAAUGGGUGAAAAGCAGGGAACACACGGACAGGUCGGCCGUCAGUCACAAGACAGCAGGACGAACAGACACUCUUCAGAUCUUAUUUUUAAGUUAUUCUGCGAUUACAAACUAAUGCGAAUAGAUUAUUAAAUAAAAUAUUUUAGUUGCUCCUUACCUUAAAUUGCUAAUUUUGCUUGAACAUGGCAAUGAGUUCACUGCAGUCCAAACCCUACAGUCACUAGCUCUCACUCCAACAUAGCAUCUUUGGGAUGUGGACAAAUCUGCAGGAAGCGUGUCAUGGUAUCGUGACAGUAUGGACAUAAUGGACUAUGAAGAGUUGAGGAAACUGUUGAUCAAACCUCACUUCAGCCACCAAUAAGAAACUGUUUUGUUGUUUGUUUGUUUUGUUUUUUUGUUUCAUCCUCAGAUGUAGAUGCAGGUGAGUCAAAUCUAAUGUACUUUCUGUACUCAGAACCAGAACGAUAUAAACAUGUACAGUAUCUACAUGUUUUAUUCUGUACCCUUUUUCUCCUCAGGUUGUGACGCAUUCCUGGAAGCAUGUCGGGACAGAAGGCGCAUUAAAAUAAGAAACCAGUUACAUGUGCUGUUUUCAUUCUGCGGCACCGGCGCGGGAAUGCUUGACGUGAUACUUGGAAACGUCUGCCAGUCCUUAAACAGAAGAAGACGGAUACAAGAGACGCAGAGUCGUUUUCCAGCCUCAGUGGAGUUCUGAUUUAAAUCCAGGAGUGACACUGAGCUCCAAAACACACCAGUCCACACCCUUAAAAAUCUGCCACUUUUCAGGUUUCCUGCUCUCAUUUUUACGUUUUUUUAUACUGUUGUGUUUUCCGUUGCAUUCACUCGGGCGCUAUCCACCCUGUUGAUGUACCAGUCAUAGCAGUGACAUGAGGAAUUUACCUCACCCUCGGGGCACCAUGGUGCCUGUCAGUCGUUCUGCUUUUUUCCUCUCUCUCUCUCCCUCUCUCUCUCUUUUCCUCUGUGUGUGUGUGUGUGUCUCUCAAACAAACACACACUCACUCUUUCUUUGAAACAAACCAGUGUAGCUCAGUGGUUUGUUGUCGGCAGUGAAGGCAGCUGUAUGGGGUAGCCCUCAGUUCAUGACUUCCUCUCCAUGGCCUGCCGUCUCUCCGCCUCUGGCUCCUACACCGUUGUCAUCAUCCCACUGAUGACCAGCCUUCACAGCCAGGAGGCCCUUCGCUUCUACCUAUGGAUUAAGCGGAUGAAGGACCUGGAAAAGGAAAAGGAUGCCCUGUGGUCGGGUCUGGAGGUUCUGGAGAAGGGUCGGCUGUGGUACUUCCAGCGGCUUGAGGAGAACAGGGCCCUGCGGUGCGUCGCGACCAGAUACAGCACCGGCGCUUACCACAAACGUGCAGCAGAGGCUCGGUCCUGCCUCCCCACGCACAUCCAGCGGGUUAACGGCUCCCUCGGCUCUAUAAUGAGUGAAUCCAACGUCAGCAGCAAUCCCUGUCUCUGUGAUCCACUGGGGGACAGCGACCUCCGCUGGCGAAACACGGUACUGACUCAGAAAGUGAGCGAGAAGAACCGUCGGAUCUCCGUGUUGGAGCUGGAAAAGGAGGCUCUCCUUGACAAGCUGGAGGAUCUGCACUUCUGCUGAGUGCCUGAAUUCAAAUGAGAUGAUCCGCACUCCGUCGGCUCCCAGAGCGGCUAAGUGUGCAACACUUAGUCAUUUGUAAAUGUAUAAAUUGCUAUAAAUUCUAUCUAAUCUUU